AAUCAUGUUAAAAAUACAGAAAUAUUUGGUUGAGUCGGACUUCAAAACUUUAGGUUGACGUAACCAAAUGUCAUAACAAGGCUUAGCUUUGUACAAGUCUAGUUUUACACCGGCAUUUUGCGUGUCACGCCACACACCACGCGGGCGCGAGGGACGACACGUUAUUUUAACAUUUUGCCCCAAAAACCUUUUUUAGAUAAGAUCGAAGAUGUUGCGAGCAGCAGGUCUUGGAGUUCAUCGAUCCAGUCUUGCAAGUUUAGCAGAGUUUCCAUGGCAACCCAACAUUGUACGUUGCUAUGGUACUCCAGCAUCCAACAAGCCAAAGACUCCAAUCAUCAAGAUCAACAAUAAUCUCUCGCUGCAGAAAGCAGCCACCAGCAGCAGCAGUGACUCUCCCAAAGAGCGCCCUCUUGUGUUGUUACUGAGUUGGCUGGCAGCCAAGCAGCGUCAUCUGGACAACUUUGCUGCAUUCUAUCUCAGCCGAGGUUGUGACGUCCUGACUGUGAAAUUACGCCCAAUGCAGCUUUUACUGCCAACUGUAGGGACGCAAGUCAUCGCUCGUGAUGUGGUCAACUUUCUUCAGAGCAAAGAGCAGCGUGGUCGUAAGAUCCUCGUCCACGGCUUCUCUGUUGGUGGGUACUUAUAUGGUGAGAUCUUACAACGCAUGCUGGCAUCGCAAACCGAGUCCAGAGAAAUAACGAGUCGCAUCAUUGGCCAGAUUUACGAUAGUCCGGUGGACUUGCAGAACAUUCCUGUGGGAAUUUCUAAGGCCUUGACUCAGAACCGUCUUGCCCAGAGGAGCAUGCAAGGUAGUCUUCAAGUCUACCUGCGGGUCAUGCACUCAGCCGCUACCAAGCAUUACUACAAGAGUUCUCACAUGUUCCAUCACAACCCAGUCUCCGCCCCUUCCCUCUUCUUCUACUCACACACUGAUCCUGUCGGUACGGCCGAAGCCAACGAGCGAGUCAUCACCAGUCUCAAGACCGUCAUGGGCUACGAUAACAUCUACAGCAAAGCCUUCGAGGACUCGCCUCAUGUCAGCCACAUGUACAAGCAUCGUGACGAAUACAUGGGCACACUCAAGGCUUUCCUGACCAAGAUUGAUUACUUCAAGGAGGCACUCGAAGAGUACCGGGAAUUGGAAGAUUUCGUUGGAGAAGAUGAAAGUAAAGAUGAGAAAUAAAAGGGGAAUAAGGACCAAAUCUUAAACCAAAAAUGAUCAUUAGUAUUAUUUUGAUCAAGGAGACAUUCGACAUAGAUGUAGCUAUCAAACAAUAUUCACAAUUUUCACUGACAGUAUCUUAAAAAUAAGAUAAAUCAAGCGAAGAUAAGACAAGAUGUACAUGUAGCAAGAUAUAUAUCAUUUUUCUGUGUUUCAAAGGAUUUUUUUUUUAGUAGAAAGAUGGUGCAUGAACUAUCAAAUAAACUGUCACUUGUUUUUUUGUACAGAAUUGUUUGGCUGAAAUAGUUGCAAUUGCUGAAAUAUUCAGGAACAUUGGAAAAAUCGUGUUUAUCCACUAGUACAAUAACAUUUAUAUAAAUUAUUGUGUGAAUUUAAAAAAUAGACAACUCUGGGUUUGCCAUCAAUGUGAAUAUUUUUGAUUUAUUUAUGUUCAUAUAUUCUGCACAAUCUCUGAUGACAUUUCUUGCCAAAGAAGUGAGCUGCGUGUAUGCAUAUUAAAAUUAAAUUUUAGAAUGUUAAGAGUAAGAAUUGUGAAGAUAUCUAAUUUUCUUAGAUAAGGAGUACAGUAUUUAAAACUGAACACAUGACUAGAUUUAUUCUAAAAGGAAUGUAAUACAAAUACUUCUCGUUCUGUCAUAAAUUUUGAAAGUAAGGUGUGUGGCCUUGCAUCGGCAGUUAUGUGUACUAGUAAAUUAGCAUUUAUAAAUGGAGUAAAUCAAGUGGGCCUGUGUGUAACAUUCCAGUUUCAGUGAGUUUAGAGAAUAUCAAA